CCACGUAUCUAUAUAACAGCCUAGGGUUUCCAUAUUCCAUCGAGGAAACAAUCUAACGUUGUAAAUUUUAAUUAAAAAUCUGGGUGUGUAAUUUAGAUACUAAUUAAGGGGAUUAAGUGUGAUUUUUGGGCUUGCUUUAGUUUUUCACUUUUAUUUCUGGAAGUGAAUUGUGAAAGGGGAAGAUUUUCUUGAUCGAGCUCAGCCAUGGCGCCUGCAGAUCUCUCCACCAUUCUCCCUAGGGUUCUCAUCGUCUCUCGUCGUACCGUUCGCAAGAACAAGUUCGUUGAUUUCGUCGGAGAGUACCAUCUAGAUCUGAUAGUGAGCUAUGGAGCAGUGCCGGUGAUAGUCCCACGAGUGAGUGGAGUCCACAUGCUACUAGAGAGCUUCGAGCCCAUCCAUGGAGUUCUUCUCUGCGAGGGAGAAGACAUUGACCCGUCCCUCUACGAUUCAGAGUUAUCAGGCUUUACACCCGAAGAGCUACAAGAAAUCAAGAACCUACACGCAAGCGACACAGCCAUCGAUCGCGAAAAGGAUUCAAUAGAACUCAGCCUAGCAAAACUAUGUCUUGAGAGGAACAUUCCCUAUUUGGGGAUAUGCAGAGGGUCACAAAUCCUCAAUGUGGCUUGUGGAGGCACCCUUUAUCAGGACAUAGAGAAAGAGCUCUCCAAAAACUGCCCAGAGAAACAAAAAGUUGUGCAUAUGAACUAUGAGGACUAUGAUGGGCAUAGGCAUGUUGUUAAGGUCGUGGAGAACACACCAUUGCAUGAAUGGUUCAAGGAUUCUUUGGAAGAAGAUGAUGAUGAGAAGAUGGAGAUUAUGGUCAAUAGCUAUCACCACCAAGGUGUGAAAAAAUUGGCUCAGAGAUUUGUCCCAAUGGCCUUUGCUCCUGAUGGGUUGAUAGAAGGGUUUUAUGAUCCAGAUGCUUAUAAUCCAGAUGAGGGUAAGUUCAUUAUGGGACUGCAAUUCCAUCCUGAACGAAUGCGUGCCCAUGAUUUGGGUAGCUUUGAUUACCCAGGAUGUUCAAUGGCAUAUCAGGAAUUUGUGAAGGCUGUAAGAGCAUACGAGAAGAAGCUGAGUGGCUCGAGAAGAGUGGAAAAGGAUAUAAAGCUUAACAAUGAGCUAGAGAGCAAGAGAAAGAGCAUUGUGAGGAGUUUCUCGAUUGCAAAGGACAUGUACAGCACAGGAAGAGGUAACAACGACGAGGUUUCAGUCCAGGAAUCUGAGCUUCGAGCAGGCGCAGAAUUCCUGGAGGAAAACACGGCGCUUAGCUUGCAGCAAGAGAAGAGGCUGAAGCAGAUGGGAGCAACAGUGAGGAAUGGGUCAGUGUACAUUGAGAGGUUGAAGAUGACAGAAGAGAGGGAGAAGCUGGCAAAGACUGUGAUCGGGAAAAUGUCGAUAGAACAGCUAUCAGACAUGGUGGGGUUUUAUCGUAAGAUGGGGCAGCUGUGUUCAGAGGCUAUGGAGAAGAAGCUCAGGAUUCAUCAUGAAAGCUGAUCGACCAACACAUGAUGAGUUAACCUUAUUCUCUACAAAACUUGAAUAUGUAUAUUUCAAGAUAUGAAUUGUAGCGCAUUGCCGCCUAUAUAUAUAUUUGCAAUUUCUGGUUCCUCUGGUUGGCAAGU